CCCCUUUAAAUAUCUCCAACAAUAGGCUGUAUGUUGUAGAUUGAAGAGGCUGACUCCUUCCUUAACGCUAUGGGGUCAUCAUCAUCAUACACGGAAGAUGAUUUUAGCACCUCUGCCUUCGAUCCUUCAACAUUUAGCGUCCAGGAACUUGUUAAAUUAGCAGCACCGGAUUUCACAAUCCCACAACCAUUUGUUCGUAUAAACCAACAACCUCCUUCCUUGUCUGUCACCACUCCUUUGCCACCAACUAUCGACAUGUCUCGUUUGCUUUUGGAAGAUGACCACCAGAACCUUGAGCUCCACAAGUUGCACUCUACUUGCCAAGACUGGGGCAUCUUUCAGUUGGUGAACCAUGGGGUUAGCUCAUCACUGCUGGAGAAACUGAAGCACGAGGUGGAGGAAUUUUAUAGGCUGCCAUUGGAAGAGAAACUGAAAUACAAAAUAAGGGAAGGAGAGUUGGAAGGGUAUGGAAGGAGGAUGAGAGCAGAUGGCAAAUAUGAUUGGGUUGACACUUUCAAUAUUAUCACUAACCCACUCCAUAGGCGCAGCCCUCAUCUCUUCCCACAACUACCUCCUUCUUUAAGAAGUACGAUGGAGUGUUACUUAUCGGAACUCCAAAAGCUUGCCACAAAACUUAUUGGUUUCAUGGGAAAAGCAUUGAAAAUUAAAGAAAAGGAGAUGAUGAAGUUGAUUGAUGAUGGGAUGCAAGCGGUGAGGAUGGCAUAUUAUCCUCCAUGUCCACAACCAGAGUCGGUGAUGGGUCUUAUUCCACACUCUGAUAUGACUGUCCUCACUAUCCUAAACCAACUUAAUGGAGUGGAUGGCCUUGAGGUUAAAAAAAAUGGCCUUUGGUUCCCUUUCAACGUCAACCCAGAUGCUUUUGUGGUCAAUGUUGGAGACAUUUUCCAGAUAUUUAGCAACGGGGUUUAUCACAGCGUUGAACACAAGGUUAUUUGCAAUAAAGAGAGAGAAAGAAUAACAGUUACCUUCAACUUGAGUCCUAACUUUGAGGCGGAGGUAGGGCCUUCAUUGAGUCUUAUAAAUGCAGAAAACCCUCCAUUGUUUAGAAGGGUGGGAAUGGAGGAAUACUUCAAACAGUUCUUCACCCUCAAGAUCUAUGGAAAAAAAUAUUUGGAUUAUAUGAGGAUUCAACCUUCUGAAAAUGGCGACUGAGUUUAUGCUUUUUAUUGAUAGAAAGAAUAAAGAUAAUAAGGAAAAUGAUGGUGUAAGGUGAAGCUUUUUAAGGGUUUUUGGAUUUACUUUUACGCUUUUUUAUACAUGGAGUCUGUAGUCAAGUUGGUGUCAGUCCCCUAGAUAUGGCUAGUGGUCCUAGGUUAUUGGGAUUGUUAAGCCUUACCCUUAUAUGGUGUGUAUAACUAUUGUAUCAAAUAAUGUAAAUAAGAGGUCAAAUUCUGCAA